AUGUUUUGGGUGGAAGAAGAGAGAACACCGACGACAGGUGAAAAAGAUGUCACAAAAGGAAUCAGUCAACAAGUGGUGUCAGGUGAUAACAUAGAAUCUACCGCGGUUCAUGGAAGACACAGAAGGCGGUGUUUUGUGGUGCUGCAAUGGUUAGUACCUAAAUGGUUGCAACAUUUCCUCUAUUACUGUCGUCAUUCAGUAUUGUCGCGGAAUUCACCAGAAGAUCGGUCAGUAAUGAAACGGAAAACACCAAUGGUCGCAAACGGAAAUCUAAUUUCUCUGCAGAAGAAAAAAAACAAAGUAGUACCAUUCGACUUCAAGAUUUGCGACCGUCAUUUGGAGUUAGAGCCAUUGUGUUGUUUGUCUUCCUGUCUUAUUCGUGGUGGUUGUACGGCCGUUGCUAUCUUCGAAUACGCUUACGUUGUCUUUACACUUAUUGCAAUUAUUAUACGUUUGCACAAUAGUGGACUUUCUCAGUAUGUCAAUUAUCAUUCCAAAGUCAAAUAUAACUUGAAAUUGGUUAUUGACACGUGCAAUUACACGUCUACGGACGCGUCAGUGGUGUAA